AUGCUCAGCUGGUGUCCCGGAACAUACACUCGGUCCAAACGGGCCAGAGACAGAGCAUUGUCCUUACAGUGGGACCACGUGUACUCACGGACCCCUGGGUGCAAAGUCCUCCACACGUCCUCCAGACUGUGGACCUCCAACAGCCGCCUCAGCCUGAGGGAGGAGGCCGGGUGGGGCUCAGGGUGGUUCCUGUCCUGCUGUGGUUCCACAGUACAGUUCCAGUCCCCGGCCACGAACAGGACGUCCCCAGAGUCUGUGCAGUCCCUGAUGCAUUCACACAGAGUGUCCAUCAUCAGGACCCUCUGUGCUCCAGUGCACGGCAGGUACACACACAAAUGUUACUGUAGUGGUCUCCAACUGUGCACGUACCAGGAGCAGGCGGCCCGCUACCACCUCCUCAGUCUCUACACUCACUGGAAGACACCUCCUGGAGAACAACACUGCUACUCCUGCACUGGAGGCGGAGCCAUGGCUGAGGACCAGCUGGCCCCCCCACUCCCUCCUCCAGUCUGA